UAAAAAACGUUAAAGAAGAAGAGACUAGUGCGUUCGUGAAUGAAUGCUUGGCAGUGUUUGAAUAUUUUACUAACCCAGCCUAUUAGUUCUGUUAUUUCCUACAUGCUCUAAUAAGUCUCUUUGACAUCAGUAAAAUAGAAAAAAUGUCCGGAAGUGCUGGAGAAUGGUGUCUCAUGGAAAGUGACCCUGGAGUUUUCACAGAACUGAUAAAAGGCUUUGGGCUUAUGAGUUGUGUUGAAGUGUCGUUACUGCGGGAUUGUGGAUCAGGAUGCAAAGGAGCACAAGUCGAAGAGAUCUGGAGCAUGGAGCCAGAGAACUUUCAAAAUCUCAAACCAGUUCAUGGCUUAAUAUUUCUCUUCAAAUGGCAACCUGGUGAGGAACCAGCUGGAUCUAUUGUACAGGAUUCAAGGCUUGACCAGAUCUUUUUUGCUAAGCAGGUAAUCAACAAUGCAUGUGCAACCCAAGCCAUCGUCAGCGUGUUGCUGAACUGCUCUCAUCCUGACAUGCAACUUGGCGAAACGCUAACAGAGUUCCGAGAGUUCUCACAGAGCUUUGAUGCUGCAAUGAAAGGUCUCGCUCUCAGUAACUCUGAAGUAAUUCGACAAGUUCACAACAGCUUUGCCAGGCAGCAGAUGUUUGAGUUUGAUACAAAGUCAUCAGCUAAAGAUGAAGAUGCUUUUCAUUUUGUGAGCUAUGUGCCUGUGAAUGGCAGACUCUAUGAAUUAGACGGACUUCGUGAAGGACCUAUUGACCUCGGUGCUUGCAACCAAGAAGACUGGAUCAGUGCAGUUCGGCCAGUAAUUGAGAAAAGAAUACAAAAAUACAGUGAGGGAGAAAUCCGUUUCAACUUAAUGGCCAUCGUAUCAGAUCGCAAGAUGAUUUAUGAGCGUAAAAUUGCAGAGCUACAGGCUCACCUAUCAGAGGAAGAGCCAAUGGACACAGACCAAAGUGCUAAUCUUUUGAGUUCUAUCCAGUCAGAGAUCGCCAAGUACCAGCUCCUGAUCGAGGAGGAGAACCAGAAAUUAAAAAAAUAUAAAAUUGAAAACAUUAGAAGAAAGCACAACUACCUUCCUUUCAUCAUGGAGUUACUGAAGACACUUGCUGAGUAUCAGCAACUGAUGCCAUUGGUUGAAAAGAACAAGAGAGCACUUUUCAUCCAGUCAAGAACAUGUGAUAGUGGGAGGAGCGGGGCUACCAAGUGGCAUCAGUACUUUUUAGCCAGGCCUCUAUAUUUGUGUUACAGACUUAAACAAUUAAAUCUGUAAAAGGUUGACAGCAGGACUUUCCUCAUUUGCACUGCCAAAAGGAAAAGUGUUAGAUGAAAACUGAAGACAAAAGCAGAUUUAUAGAAUCUCUUUGAGCCAGGCAAAUGAACUGGGCAUUAAAUUUAGUCUCUAAUUACCUUUACUCUAACCCUAGCAAUGCUUUUUUUGAAUGUAGCUCUUUAUUACAUUUUUGAGUAUAGGGGGAAAAAAACUUUUGACCAGAAUAAAGAGCAAGUGGAUGCCAAACUUGGCCAGCUUGAUUAAUAAGAUCGAUUUGUUGAGCCUACAAUAUCAUUUGUCUUUAUUAUGUGUAUGAAGUGGGCAAAUAACAAAAUCAUUUUGUUGGCUCAGCAAAUUAUUCUUAUGUAUCAGCUUGGCCUCUGACAGAUUGGCAGCCAUAUCGCUGGCAGACAUCUCAGUCCCACACCGCUUACAGAUGCCAGUACUUUUAUUAUGUCUUUUGGCUAUUUUUAGCUAUGUUUUAAGAGUAAGCUCAAUUCACACCUCACAGCAAGUUUAAACAAGUCAUCUCUCACUAAGGAUUCUGUGCGUUGACUGCUGCGGCCCGAGUUCGAUUUCUAGGCAGGGAACCUACUCAAAAGGACAACAACUUUCUUUUUAAAUUAAAAAAAAAAAUACAUUGUAAAUAAAAAGAAUAUUAGGAAAGAUAUUAGCAUAUAUUAGCUAAUUAACACUAACAGAACAAUAUUUCAGAAAAAUUAUACUGUUUAUGUUCAGUGUGAGGUGGAGUUUUCUAGAUUUAUAAUGCUGUCAGCCGCUAGAGGGCAUCAGAGACAUUUUGGCUUAAAUUCUUCACCUGCAGUCAUGUUGUCUUACAUACACUAUAUUGCCAAAAGUAUUCGCUCACCUGCCUUGACUCACAUAUGAACUUAAGUGACAUCCC